GAGGUCGGGCCCGUGGUAGCAGGGAGGCCCCCAUUCUUUCCCUUCAGGCUAUCCUUGUUCUCCUCCCUUAGGGCGGAGCCCCAAAUCCUCCCGGGCCCCCGUCUGUGGUCCUGUGCGACUUGCUCCUUACUCCUUAUUUAAUCUCACUCACACUGAUUUUUCUUUCUCAUUCCGAAUAUCCAUAUCCUCUAUCUCCACUUGGCUUUUAUUUGCUGUUACUGGCUACUGGAGUCCUUCCCCCUACCCCGCCUUGGCUCGGCUAUCCUACCAGCCUCUCAGCUCCGGGCAGAGAAUCCACUUUCCCCAGGACGCCGUCCGCGAAACUCGGGCUCACUCCCGCACGCCGCGUGCUCCAGUUCUACAGGGGAGCGAAGCAAACAAAAACUACCGCGCGCACACACACACACGUAAUUUCAAAGUGUUUUAUCCGCUACAUUGGAAACUAGAGGCUAAUAAAAAAGAAGAGCGGGGUCUAUUUUAGGGGAAAAACCUCUCAAGAGGUUAAGCUUAAAUUGGUGCUGGAAAGACAAAUAGGAUCUGGAUGAUGUGUUGGAGAAAGCCAAGAAAGCCAAUGUUAUGGCUCUUGUGGUGGUUGCUGAACAUUCAGGAGAAUUUGAAAAGAUUAUGCAGCUUUCAGAAAGGUAUAAUGGAUUUGUUCUGCCAUGCUUGGGUGUUCACCCAGUUCAGGGAGUUUCACCAAAAGACCAAAGAAGUGUCACGUUAAAGGAUUUGGAUGUAGCUUUGCCCAUUAUCGAGAAUUAUAAGGAUCGAUUGUUGGCAGUUGGAGAGGUUGGACUAGAUUUCUCCCCCAGAAUUGCUGGCACUGAUGAACAGAAGGAAGAGCAAAGACAAGUCCUAAUCAGACAGGUCCAAUUAGCCAAAAGACUAAAUUUGCCUUUAAAUGUUCACUCACGUUCAGCUGGAAGACCCACCAUCAGCCUCUUAAAUGAGCAAGGUGCUGACAAAGUGUUGCUGCAUGCAUUUGAUGGUCGGCCAUCUGUAGCCAUGGAAGGAGUAAAAGCUGGGUACUUCUUCUCAAUUCCUCCUUCUAUCAUAAGAAGUGGACAGAAGCAGAAACUUGUUAAACAGUUGCCUUUAACUUCGAUUUGCUUGGAAACAGAUUCACCUGCGCUAGGGCCAGAAAAAAAGGUACGGAAUGAGCCCCAAAACAUUUCCAUUUCAGCAGAAUAUAUUGCCCAGGUGAAAGGGAUCUCAGUGGAGGAAGUUAUAGAAGUGACAACACAGAACGCAUUGAAACUGUUUCCCAAACUUCAGUACCUGCUCUCGAAAUAGCUUCAAAACAAAAUCAAGUGCAGAGGGCACUGUUUGAGAAAAAUAAAUGUUCUGAUGAAGAGUCUGAA